AUGAAUGAGUUUCGUAGCUGGAUUUAUGACAAUGGAUUGGUUGAGGCUGAUGCUAUUGGCAAAAAAUAUACUUGGUCCAAUUGUAGAAGUGGAGCUCAAAGAAUUGUCUCCAAACAUGAUAGAGCGGUUGUUAAUGAUGCUUGGUACUAUAAGUACGCUAAUUGGAGAUGUUUUAUGCAGCUGGUUAAGGAGAACUGGAAUUUGGAACUCAAUGGUGCGCCCCCUUUUGUUUUUACUUCUAAGCUAAAGAGAUUAAAGGAGGAUGAAUUGAAACUUGAAACUGAGAAUGAUCUUCUUGAUUAUAAUCCGGCUGAUGAGUUUCAAUUCCUAAAGGUUGCGGAUGCCAAAAAGGCUGUUGAUGAUGUGAGAACGGAGUUGGAAGUUAUGCUUAAGAUGAAGUCGAGAGUAACUUGGUUGGAGGAUGGCGAUCAAAAUACUUGUUUCUUUCAUAAUAGCAUCCGUAUGAGGAGAAGUCAAAAUACCAUCUCGGAACUUAAGGUUUCUAAUGACACUACUUUGUUUUUGCAGGAUGAGAUAAAGGAUUUCAUUGUUAAUCAUUAUCAGGCCAAGUUCAAUGGUGGUGACGUUAAUAUCGAUCCAGUUUUGUUUGAUAUUGAACAUGAGAGUAUUUCAGUUGCUGAAAGCGCUUUCAUGGAUGCUAUUCCGUCUUUGGAGGAAGUUAGAGUGGCGGUUUUUGACUUGGGAGCUGAUUCUGCGCCUGGCCCAGAUGGCUACACAGGUUCUUUCUACAGAAAGUGUUGGGACAUUAUUUCUGGAGAUCUUUUUAAUGCCAUUGCAAAUUGUUGGUCUGUGCGUAAAAUUCCCAAUGGCAUUAACUCUAGUUUUAUUGUUCUUAUUCCAAAAGAUAAAAAAUCAGAUGCUAUUAAAGAUUAUAGGCCAAUUGGCUUGAGUAAUUUUUUCUUCAAGAUCAUUACUAAGAUUAUGGCUACCAGGCUUGGUACUGUGCUAAAUAAGCUGAUCUCUGAAGAGCAAGUGGCGUUUAUGAAGGGUAGAAAUAUACAUGAGAAUAUAGCUUUGGCGUCUGAAUUGACUAAUGAGAUCAAUACAAAAAGUAAGCAUGGUAAUGUUGGCCUGAAACUGGAUAUUGCUCAAGCCUUUGAUACGGUUAGUUGGGAUUUCAUAGCUGAAGUUUUUCGUCAAUAUGGCUUUUCCGAUUCUUGGUGCAACUGGGUUCUUAAUAUCCUUAGCUCAGCUCGAAUUUCUAUCAUGAUUAAUAGCUGCCCUGAAAGUUACUUCAGUAUUACUAGAGGUUUGUGUCAAGGUGAUCCUCUUUCCCCUUUAAUCUUUGUUCUUAUUGAAGAUGUUUUAAGUCAUAAUCUUUCUAAGUUGUUUGCAAAUCGUUCGAUGAAUGUUAUGGUUAGUAAAAAAGAUGUGGCGCCUACACACCUGCUUUUUGUGGAUGAUAUCCUUAUCUUCUACAGAGGUAAUCUCCAUAGUUUUCAAAAUUUGAAGAGUAUGCUAGCUUUGUAUCAACAUGCGUCUGGUCAGUGCAUAAACUAUGCCAAGAGCAAGUUUUAUUACGGAGGUGAUAGAAUUUCUCGUGCUAUUGAUAUUUCUAACUAUUUGGGUAUGGAGAGAGCUUUGUUUCCGGAUAAAUACUUAGGAAUUUAA